GCUACACUUCCGGAAACCUCGGACCACAGUACCCAGGGUGGGAAGCAAGCUGCAGGGCCACAACCCAGCAGAGCUCAAGGUCUGCAGGGGAAGUUGCAGGCAGGGCCCCUGCUGCUGCAGUUCCCAGGCCUCUGGCUCCAACCACCAGCAAUGCUUCAUGUGGCUUCUGGCACUAGGGGCAGCAGCCAGGACCUGCUCACCGCUGGCCCAUCGCCUCCAGGUCAAGACAGAGAGUAAUUCCAGAGCUCCAGGAGGGAGUCCUCAGCCUGAUCCACUAACCUGGUCUCAAUAUCCUUAUCUAUGCCCAAUCUGGCCCAGGAAGUGCAAAAGACAUCCUUCUGAUUCAUGAGGAAGAUGCUGAGGAAUGGGCUCUGUACCUUCAAGAAAUAUUAUUACAUAUUGUGGAAAGAGAAGCCAUCCUGCUGUAUCCCUUGUGGAAUUUCUCUUCUACGCAUUUGGAUUUGCUAGACUUAAAUGCUUACAAAUGUAAGCUUCUGAUAUUAUCUAAUAGUCUACUUAAAGACCUAACUCCAGAGAAGUGUCAGUUUCUAGAGGAGAUACUUCGCUCGCCAGCAAGUGUGGUGACCCUCCUUUGUGGGAUGGAGAGCUCAGAUCCUCUCUUUCAAUUAUUAAGUGUCCCCGGAAGCAGGUGGGAGAUCUCAACAGAGCAGGAGCCCGAGGACUACAUCUCUGUCAUCAGUCAGAUCUUAGACAGAGGUUCUGAAGACUACCUUGAGGUCAGCAUUCCAACAGACCCAAGAGCAAAAUAUUCUGAGGAGACAUGUAGACAGAAGGGAGCUGAAGACCAAGAAGCUUCCAGAGUGUCUGUGCCUCUGGCCUUGGUGCUCCCUGGAGAAAUUCCAUGUGAGAAUCCUGGUGAGAUAUUCAUCCUGUUGAAAGACGAGUUAAUUGGUGAAAUUCUGGAAGUUGAAUUUAUAUCGAACAGCAAGCGCCUCAGAGCACGGCCAACACACUGGAGCAGGAACGUCUGGUGUCUGAGAGCUGCAGAUUUUCCAGCUGGUUCAGUCACUGUCAAGAUCCAUUGUGAUGGAAUCAUCAAGGCCACAACAGAGAUUAAAUACUACUCAGCAGCCAAUGCCACAGAAAGUCCAUUUAGAAUGUCAGACACAGACAAGAGUAUAUGCCAGAAAAGCAUGGAAGAGCUUGAUGGUGUGCUUACAUCUAUAUUCAAGCAUGAGAUACCACACUAUGAAUUCAAACCUCUCCAAACUGAAACUUACCCUCCAAAAGAAUAUACUCAUACCAGAGAGCUCCCAACACUUCUCCACUGUGCAGCCAAGUUUGGCUUAAAGAAUCUGGCUCUUCAUCUGCUUCAGUGUUCAGGGGCAACCUGGGCAGCCCGGAUGAAGAACAUGGAUGGUUCAGACAUGCUGCAUCUUGCUGAAAGGCAUGGUCAUGAAGAACUCAAGAAAAUCUUAGAAGACGUUAUGAUACAAAACAUUAACAGAAAUAAUGAGCAAGAAAAUGACUAUGAAGAGGAUGCUGCCUCAUUUUCAACACAUUCUCCCUCUAUGCUGUCCCCAGCAUUUCAUCAUGAACCCGGCAAGGCACACAGACAGAGCACGGACGGAUCUGAGGCGCCUGAAAGGGCUGGGGACACAAAGGAGGAAGAACCAAGCGCCGAGGCAGGACCCAGCCUGAGAGAGGUCGAUGGUGCAAGCUCUGAGAACCAGUAUGACGAUUUGUAUGUGUUCAUCCCUGGAAUUGACUCCGACAGCAACUCCCAAGAGCCUCUUCCGUACUGCAGACCGCCUCUGCCCCCACCCCGACCGGGGACUGCUGCCUCGCAACUAGAAAGACCUCAUUUCACCUCACAAGCAGGAAAAAUGGUGGAAAACCAAAUGGAAAGAAGUCAGAACUGGUGUGACCUCAGCGCAAGACAAGAGGCGAGAGAGGAACCCAGCAGAGAAAAUAAAAUAGAGAAUGAAGCACAGAACGAAGAGGAGGAGGAAAACCCGUAUACAUUUGCUGAGACAGAUGACAAUGAGUAUGAUCUGAUACUGGCCAGCAAGAGUGUAAAGAAAAGAACUGGAAACCGGUCUUUCAUUGUAAACAGGCCUCCCGCUCCCACCCCGCGGCCCACUCACGUCCCUUUCAAAGAAGAAACAACACCUUACAUAGCGCAAGUGUUCCAACAAAAGGCAGCCAGAAGACAAUCUGAUGGUGAUAAGUUCUACAGUCUCCCCAAGAAGCCAGACAAAGCUCGGAUGGAAGGUCCAACCUUCUCAAGUACAAAGGGUUAUCUGACCACUGGGCAGGAAGAACUGAUCCUUGGGCAGGAGGAACUGAUACUCCUGCAGGAGAAAGUCAAGAAUGGGAAAAUGUCUGUGGAUGAAGCUCUAGAGAAAUUUAAACGUUGGCAGAUGGGAAAGAGUGGUCUGGAAAUCAUGCAACAGGAAAAGCUACGCCAACUACGAGACAACAUUAUAGGGAAACGGCCCGAAGAUGAAAAUGCCUGUGAUAAACUCACCAUUGUGCACCAUCCAAGUGGUAAUACUGCUCACAAUGAUAUAUUGUACAGUAGCCCCUUCAACAAUAAGUUUCCUGCUCGACUCCAAGUUGAAAAAGAAUUUGGAUUCUCCUGCAAGAAAGAUCACUAAAGAAGAUUAUUACCUUUAAACUCAAGAACUGGCAAACAUUCUGAUAUCUGGAUGAAGCAAGGCUGCCGGUGGAGUACCUGAUCUCUAGGACUGAUCUACAUGUAGAAGAAGGCGUGUGGCUUUGGAUUCCAGACUAUGUUAUCAUCACAAUUUAUUAGGACUAAAUGGAGACUGAUAGCAUGCUCUGAAAAUCCAUUCGUUUUGCUACUGAAGCACCUAGUUUUCCUGUCUUGAAAACUAAAGACAAAAAAAACAGACAAGUUAAAUGCAGUCUAGCAAAAUUAUGGAGCCAAACUAUAUCAAUUAUUCUUCCUACUCUUUGUCCCCUUCAACUAAAAUCUUAUUUUGUAUUUGUCCUUUCAAUGACAGUCCACUGUCUGCCUUUCUCACAUUUAGAGCAUAAUGUUCUUGUUUCAUCUUAUUUCCAGAUAGCUUCCAUUAUUUAGUGCCAGCGUGCAUGUGCCUUUGAAAUGUACUUUUAUUUACAUUUUCCUCCAUUGAUGUUUUGCCUUUUCAAUGCUAACCAAGCACCCUGCCACUGAGCCAUUCUUCAGCGCUCUACACUGUUUUCUGACGUCAUAUCAAUGUUACCAAUUAAUGGUGUACAGCCUGAUAUUUCAGAACAGGCAUCACACAUUGGUUGUGUUCAUCCUGUCCUCUACUAGAAGGACAUCUUCCCAUGCUCCCUCUCCCUGAGUUCUUACUGUCUUUCUCUCAAAUUAAAAACCAUUUUUACAGCA